AUGUUUAAUCAGUCUACGCACGAUACUCUGAAGCAAGAGCACGAAGCCCUGCCGGAUGUUGAGAAUGCGUCGCCUACAGGGGUUGCCCCCCAAUGUGUUGCGCAAGCCGGCGCUGUAACUGAGAAGCCGUAUAGCAUUUUCACUACGAGCGAGAAAUGGUUUAUCGUAGCCUUGACUGCUCUGGGAAGCCUUUUCAGUCCAUUCACUUCCAACAUCUAUUUUCCUGCUAUUCCCACCCUAGCAGCGGCAUUUCAUCGGUCGAUUGAAGACAUCAAUCUAACUGUGACCGUUUAUAUGGUCGUCCAGGCACUGGGUCUGCAUUACACCUUUUCACCUUUUCAUUGGGCUGCAUGGUUGACUAAAUCUUCCUCAGCUCCCAUGUUCUGGGGUACUUUUGCCGACCGCUGGGGUCGAAGGCCAAUGUUCCUUGCUUGCAUACUAGUACUAUCGUUGUCUUGUGUCGGAUUGGCAUUGACGCCUACCGAUGCCUACUGGCUGCUCAUGGUUCUUCGUUGUGCACAAGCAGCGGGUUCUGCCAGUACGGUCGCUCUAGGUCGGACCUUGCAUUGGACCAGUCCUUGGAGGGGUUCUGACACAGGGUCUUGGCUGGAGGUAAUUAUUCACGAAUGGUCCAUCUUCUGGUUCUUGGUCAUAGCGUCUGGUGUCACAUUCAUCGUGAUGCUACUUUUCAUGCCUGAAACGUUUCGCGCGAUUGUUGGUGACGGCAGCAUUCCUCCUCUACGAUUUAGCCGUCCUCUACUUCCCGUAAUUGGGCGCGGCCGGCAGCAAUCCACCCAGCGGGAUACAACCACCCUAUCUCCUCCACGUCGUUUCACCAAUCCAUUCGGCCUCUUUCUUUCUCCAGGCAUCACGCUCCUUCUUCUCUUCAACGGUAUUGUCAACGCAACCUUCUACGGCGUCAUCACGAGCAUCUCCACACUCUUUCAGACAACAUACCCACAUCUCAACGAGACAGAAAUUGGCUUAUGUUUCAUGGCUAUUGGAGGAGGCAUGCUCAUAGGAGGAGUAAUCACAGGGCGCAUACUGGACGGGGAAUACCGAAGGCUGAAACAACGUGCAGUCGCCGCUGCGGAGAAGGAACUUGAUCCUGAAAAGCGAUCCAGAGAAGAAGACGUAGCGACAAGCGAAAAAUUCCCCAUCGAACAUGCGCGUUUGAGACUAACCCCCAUCUACCUCAUUGUUUUGGUCGCUACUUGCGUCGGGCAAGGCUGGGCUAUAGACAAAGGCGCCAAUCUAGCCGCUCCACUGAUUCUUCAGUUCUUCUUCGGCUGGGCUACUAUCGCCAUGAUGAAUAUCGCGCAGACCCUGACUGUGGAUCUCGUGCCUGGCCAAAGCGCCUCAGUGUCAGCUUGUGUGGGUAUUCUUGGAUUCAAAGACGGUGUGACUCGCUGA